GAGUGCUCAAGCUCAAGCUGGGCAGGAACUGUCAGGGUCGGUUGGGGGCUUCGGGCCGGCUGGUCGGAACGACCGAUAGCGUGAUGCUAACGCGUACGGACUUCUGGCUCAGACAGUCUUGCCGAUGGGGAAAACCAUAACCGAUACUUAGCGUGACGCAUUGUACUGGACCAGAGCCCCUGUAGCUGGUUAAAUAUCUGACCUCCUUGCGGGGCUCUUUCAUUUCCGAAAUCGCUUCGCUCGGCAAGGAUGAACAAUCGGCGUUUUCUUCUUCUGCUUGUGGUCACGCUUGUCAUUCUUGUGAGUGGCGACGCUCGUUCGACAGCCGCAGGCCAUCUCAAGAUUCAAGUGACCAAGCCUAGUCUCUCGGGCGGGGGUCAUGCCCUCCAGACUGACAAGCGAGCGCUUCGUGGCGUCGAGUCGACGACAGCCGCAGUGAAAGAAGAGAGGGGCUUGCCGACUGCUGUCUCUUAAGGAGUUCAAUGGGUCAAGUCUUGGAUCAAGGAAGCUAGACUACGUGGAGACUCAGGCCUCGCUGCUGAAAAGGGGAGGGACGAGUGCCCAAAACAGAGAUUAUCUAUCUGCUGGGGCUGCUGGCGAAGAAAGACGUCGACUACCGGACUCUUUACAAGCACGAUAUCACACCCGACGAGUACUUGACGGUGAAAAG